AGGCCAUGAAACUACAAGAAGAAGAAGAAGAACACGGACACAUUAGAUUAGAGUGCCCUUAUUUUGCUGAUUGAAAAUAAAAGUUUUGUUUAACUCUGAUAUUUAAAACGUUAUUUUAGAUGUCCCACAGUGACAGUGAAAUCAGAGAUGAAAAAAGACACAAACCCAGAACCCAUCACCUAAUAAACGUCAAAUUUAAAAAGGCAAAACAAAUACGGAACCAGAUAGAAAGGGAAGAAUUUAGAAAGCUUAAAAUUAAAUUGGGCCCAGUUUUAGAAAUCAGACUAAUAGAUGCUGUAAACACUAACAAUGUCGACAAAGUUAGAGAUCUUUUAGAAAGAGGUGUAAGUCCAAACAGUGCAGAUUCUGAAAAACGUAGUGCUUUACAUGUAGCAGUGAGCAAGGGAUAUUCACAAAUUGUUGAAUUGUUACUAAAGCAUGGAGCAAACCCGAACAGCAGAGAUAUCAUCCAAAAUACACCUUUGCACUUAGCAGCCUGCGUUCACAAUUUCUCAAUCGUAACCAUGUUGAUCAAUGCAAAAGCAGACGUUACUUGUUUAGAUUUACACGGUCGUAAUCCAUUCCAACUUGCUUUGAGUAAGUUACAAAUAUUGAGGAAGAGUUGGAAUGAUGGGACCAUUGAAAUGAUCAACUUAAAGCAGGAAUUGAAAGAUGUUGUGGACUUACUAUUAUCCAUGCUCUUGAGAAAUGUUGAGCAGUCAAUGGAAAAUAUGAACAAAUCAGAUGUGGACGAUUUACAGUUAAUGAAGUUGUCAAUAAGUUCAGAUCCUCCAGAAGAACUAGAUAACCAAAUGUCCAGGUUAAUGUGUGGAAUAGAAAAAUUCACAAUUACAUAAACAAUGAAAAACAAUGUUUUAGCACCUUGCCUGCGUCUAGAGAUUUAUAAACAUAUGCGUCCAGUAGUGACCCUUUGUCACAGUGUAUUACAACACAGUUCACUCAGCCAAACGUUAGUGUAAUACAAGGUCUAUUUGUCUCGUAAUGCAGCCAAGGUGUUGAUAACUUUUCUAUAUAUGAUAGAUGACUAAACAUUUUUAUAAAUCAAAUAAGUAAUCAAAUUUUAGAAUGGAACUGAAACUUUUUCACGAAAGGUUAGGUUAUGUCACACACGUUUACGUUUUAUGUUUAAAGUCAAGUUUGGCUUUACUAUAAAACAACACCAACGUUUUCUCACUUUAUUGAUUCAAGAUAGUUUUUGGACAUUGAUAAUUUAAUUGUUUUGUAUAUUUAGGAUAGUUUUGUUAUUGCUCUUUGUUAAUAAAUUCGAUAAAGAUCAUAUAAUUAAUCAAAAUGGCUUAGUUUCCAUCCAUUUGUGUAGUUGUGAUGGUGCUAUUACAUGAGUUGUAUCUAGCAAUGACAAAUUUUGGUUAUUUUGGGAAUUUAGUUUAAUAGUUUACUGAUUCGAUAGAUUGAUUCAAUGAUCCUAUGAGUUAAGAGCAAUUACAAAGCAUACAUCUAAACAUUUCCAGAGUAAUGUCACUCAACUUUUGACUAAUCUCACUCAUUGCUACACAUUUCUCUUCAUUUAUUUAACACGUUCGCUACCAAGCGACUCAUAUAUAUGAGCCACUUUGAUUUUUACCAUAGACCAGCGUCUCACAAGUGAGCUGGUGAUUGCAUUUCACAUAAUGGCAAUUGAAAUAGCUCUGUUCUGUGAGGACGAAACUGAAAUACCCCCUGGUAGCAAUCAGGUUAAAUCAAUUUCCUAUAACUGUGGUAUUCACAGUUAAUUUACUUAAAUCAACACCAAUCAAAACAUGAUUGUCAUAAGGUUUGUUCCAACUUGAUGUUUUGUAGCGUUCUUGAAUCAUAGGUGUAUUGGUACAUGAACGAUGAAUUGCGCAUGUCCAGUUCUGUAUAGUUUUGGAAUUGGAUACCAGUUGGAAUGCUUAUAACUUGUAACCCUCGUCAUUGGUGAAAUCACUAUCGCCUUCAGUAUCACUCAUUUUAUAAAAUUCUGUAAAUGCUGUAAAUCUCGAAGUUUUAAGUAGUUAAAACUUCGAGAUUUACAGCAACUCAGAUAUUUUAGAAUAUAUAUUUAUCUAAUCAUAACCUACAAACGGAAAUUGUUUGUUUUGCUCAUGUCAGAACUAUCAGUUCUUCAAAAAUUAUUAGUGAAUAGAUUUGACCUUACAUGAACGGUUCCGAAAUCACCAAUUUUCUAGUUGGAACGUAUUUUGGAUCAUUCUGUGCAUCAUACAAAUCUAGUUGAAACGUAUAAAAUGUGCACAUGUGUUGAACGGUUACUGCAUGGUUUUGUAUUGAGUUGGAACAAACCUAUAGUGUUUCGACAAUUCACAGCUUUUCCUAAUAAUACAGCGAUCUUAUGGCAAGUUCUAUUGAUUAUUAACUCAUAUUUGUUUAUGUUUGUAAUCAGUAUAAUCGGUAUGUUAUGCCAAAAAAAACACAAGCAUUUGAUUGGAAAAAAUUUAUACAAUUUUUUGUCCCAAAAGGAGCAAUGAGGAUGAGAGAACAGUUUUUUUUUAUAAACAAUGUCUUUAUUUUGAACUUUAUAAGCAUGAAGGCAUUUUUCACAUAAGUUAAUGUAACUUUUCUACUUACAAUUUGUAAAAUGUGUAAUCAAUUUUGUAUGUGCAACAUACAGUAGACUCCCUCUAUAAUGAGAACUGAAAUGGCGGACUAAUUACCUCGUUAAUAAGCGGACCUCGUUAUAUCAGACAACAAUAAUAUUGAAACGGGUUGAUGCCUCUUACGUAGUUUAUUAAGUGUCAAUGGUCGACAUGAAUAAGGGCAGACUUCGCCAUCGUAAAUUGUAAAUGUCCUACAAUAUUCAAUAUCGGUCGAUAGAUAAACAAGAAGUUUAUUACGGGCGGCGAGUUUAUUACAGCACUUGCCUCGAUAAUAACACAGAUGUUGGGAAUUUUUAUAUACAAGCAGUUGGGGUGUUUAUUUAUAGCCAUUACACCCCUAAAAACAGGUAAAAAACAUAUUCUUCGGUUUCGUUUUCGUCGUUAUAAUCAAAUAUGCCUCGUUAUAGAGGGUUACAGUCCAAUAGGAAUUUCAUGAGACACCUAAUGUACCUCGUUAUAAGCGAAACCUCGUAAUAUCCGUGUUCGUUAUAGAGAGAGUCCACUGUAUUAUCUACUUUACUUAUAUAGUAUUUCUUCUGUGAACCUUCUGUAGCUAAUGUGCACGUCAUGAGAGCAUGUUUUAUAGCUUAAAACAAAGUUUACUCUUUAAAGAGUCCAACUGUUCUAUAGUUUAUUUUUUAACCAGGAGGAGUAAACUAAAAAGACAGAUUCACACCCAAGAAAGUCACUACAAAAAAAAAACAAAAUACAUCUUUUUUGGUUGAUCAUGUCAGCCCUCAACGGUAAUCCAUAAAUAUUAUAUUAAUACGUCAGUAAAGAGUUCUAAAAAUAACUGCUUUUUAUAUAAAGCCAGACUAAAAAUCUAAAAAUUAAAGGAAUAACACAGAACACAAAAAAUCGCUGAUAUAACCUAUGAAAUGUCAAUCGUGUCAAAAUGUGAUAAAUGUCAUUAGUGUUAAAAUUUUAUAUCAGUGGAGUAAACUUGCCUGCGGUUGGACCAAUUACAAACAAGCAUUACAGCGCGGUAAAUUUGAAUCACUCCUCUUGGUUUAAAAACAAACCAUAGCUACAGAAGGUGAUCACAUAUAAAUGUCUUUUAUAUUAGAUUAUAGGUAUAUAAUAAAUAAAAAUAUUAAAGUAAAAAA